AUGUGGGUCAAUCCGGGCGUCCCGCCCUCUGCUCCUCCCCCCAACGCAGCCCCCUCAAGUCCAGACCUCAGCACUCCGAUGGCAGCGCGCCAUAACUCAGUCGGGCCAAGGGCAGCCUCGCGACCACCCUCGCGCAUCGGCGGGGAGCGUACCGCUCGUGCCCCCCCGGCCGCCAGCCACUCCCCCAUCGCCUCGCCGACCCCGACGCCCUUCACCCGUGCGUCGUCGGCUCUGCCUCUCCUUGCCACUGAGCACACCAACAACCUUCCUCCCAAGCCAGCGUGGGGUGCGCCCAACAAGCCUUCCUCGCGUAACAAGUUCCUCCCCAACAAGCCUUCCCCCUCCUCGUCUUCAAGCCAGCAAGCCCUCCACAUCAACGGCACGUCUAGCUCCGACCAGGAGAGCGUGGUUGACGCGACUCUCAACAACCCCUCGUCACAGAAGACUGAGGAAGGUGCAAACAAGCGCAAGCGCGAGAAGUCGCCGCCCUUUGUCCCCAACUUCGAGUGGCAGCCUGAGCCCGAGCCGGAGCAGGAGGUCGCAGGAUACUUCGACCUUUCCGAAGGACGCGUCGUUGACCUUCCUCCCGAGUUCGCCGACGGUAAGGAGGUGUCAUUUCUCCCUCUUCCCCUGCCUAGCAAGCGCUCCAAGAACCGUACAGGCGCGCGCGCCGUCUUAAUACCCGCACAGCUGUUGCCAGUCUAUCCGCUUCCCCCGCUCCCACACAUCAAGGACCAGGAGCUCCUCAAGCAGGUCUUCACACACGCCAGCCUCUUCGAGCGCGACAACCGCCUCUUCGAGUAUCCUGACGACAAGCCAGCGCGCCACUACGAGAAGCUCGAGCACGUCGGCGACGCUAUCCUCGGCCACGUUGUCACAACUUGGCUGCACGAAAUGCAACCGAACCUCACGUGCGGCACAGCCACUAAACUCAAGGCGCACCUUGUGUCCAACGCGACUCUUUCCCACAUUAGCGGACUCUACAACUUCCCCGCGCGCAUGAAUGGCGACCCGCGCCUCCUCAUGCUGCUGCGUGCCCAGACGGACACACGCGCCGCUAUCGUCGAAGCAUACAUAGCCGCACUCUACUUCUCGUACCCGGUCCAGACCCGCGACACGGAAGGCCUCGCAGUCAUCAAGGCUUGGCUGCGCGAGUUAUUCGACCCGCUGUACGACUUCUUCCUUAACUUCAUGCGUCUCGAGUAUCAACAGCACUACAGCGCUAUGGGCGCCGGUAUCGAGGGCGUCAUCGAGAUGGCAGUCUCUCCUGAGCAGCUCGACAAGAUGGACGCAAAGGCCGAGGGCAUGGCGCUCCUCCUCAAUAUGUGGGCUAAGGUCCGCGAACACCGCAUCGAGUGGGAGUGCGACCGUCACCUCACUGGCGUGGGUGAGUUGUGGCGCAUUCGCGUGUACAUUGACGGCGUGCUGAAGGGUGACGCUAUCCGUGCGUUCGUCCAGCGCGCCAAGAACGCCGCGGCGAUGCAUGCUGCGCGCAAGGUCGGUCUCGCCGAACCGCUGCUCUAG